AGCGCAAACAAGCAACGCAAGCUUACAAAAUAUUCAACCGCAGCAAAAAACGCGUUCAACGGCCGUCGAUUAUGCGGGGAUUCCUGAAUUUCCCUGUGACUGUGAAAUGAAAGUUUAAUUUUCACCAACCACAAACAGCAAGCGGUUCCGCGUACUAUGAAAAUCCGAUAAUGCGGCCAUGGCGCUGCGCGGUUGGCGACUGUUUGGGGUGGCCGGCACCAUACUGGUGUACGUCGGCGGUAUACUGUUCCUAUCGUUCGUCAGCUUGCAGGGACCGCAGCAGAAGCGCGGACUGCACGGGCCGCGCGGCUACGGUGAGUUCGAGACGAUCCGCAACCGGGACCUCGGCCUGAUGGGCAAGAAGCCACCCCUGCAGUGGUGCACCGAGCUGCACUAUCUGGGUGCCCCGACCCGCCAGCCCCGAACGCCGACCAAGCUGCUGCAAACUUUUCCCGGCCACUUUGUCAAAAAGUUCAACGUGUACAGCUACCACAACAACCAGAACCUACACUCAGCCUCGGCGGCAGCAGUAGCGCCGGAACCGGAACGGGCGACCGACGGCGGGGCGAUCCGGAACGAUGGCAUCGCUGGAAGUUCCUCGCGUUCCGUUUGGCCUAAAAGCGAUCAACUUAAUGGUAAACUAGUGCAUAAUGGCGAUAGCGUAAGGCGGGAUAGCGAUGCGCGAUGGGCCCGGGAACGAUCGGGCCCCGCGGGUACCGGGCUGACGGCGCUCGUCUCGUUCCCCGGCAGUGGCAACACCUGGCUGCGGUAUCUGUUGCAACAGGCCACCGGCCUGCUAACCGGAAGUGUGUACAAAGAUUAUGGACUGCUCAAAAGUGGCUUCCCGGCGGAAAGCGUGGCCAAUGGAUCGGUGCUGGUAGUCAAAACGCACGAAUGGGGUCCCAACGCGUGGACUCCGUACGCGAAGGCGAUUCUUUUGGUACGGGAUCCUGAGCGCGCUAUUUUGGCCGAAUUCAAUCGCCAAUCCGGUGGCCACGUAGGAUUCGCCUCGCCCGACCGUUACCGUAGGACCAAGGGUCGAUAUUGGACCCAAUUUGUAAAAAAUAAGCUGUGGGCGUGGGAACAGACGAAUCUCUCGUGGGCGAAAAACUUUACCGGUGAAGUGAAAUUAGUCUUCUACGACGAUCUGGUCGCCAACGUCGAGGGCACGUUACGCAGUAUUCUGAGAUUCCUAAACCACUCCACGGACGAGGAGCUGCUGGCCUGUGCGCUGAUGCGGAAGGAAGGUAUCUACCGGCGCAAGAAACGAAUCCUUCAGUUCGACCCAUACAGUCCCGCCAUGCACGCUGCUAUCGAUGAAAAGCGAGCCGAAGUGUAUGCAGCCCUUGGUCGCUACGACACACACUGAACCACACACUGUUAUUGCUGCCCGGAGUUGGUUCGUUAUGGACGAUUCACCGAUUGUGGGUUACUGAAGCAUUGUUUUUGAGCAAACCUUUUUUUAGCAUCGUCAACACGGGCAUCUUUUAAAAGUUAUCCAUGGAUUCCGGUGGGUUGGAGUACUGUACAAAAUCCAAGUAAUGCAGAAAGGGUUAGGUUUUGUAAAUAUUAGUGAAUUUUGUAAAUAUUCGUGGGAUUCGUUCAAAUGCUUCCAUUUUCCAUCGUUAGUACCAAAUGCGCAAUGUGAUCUUAUGUUUUACUUAGUUGUUUACAGAGUGCACAGGCACGUUCAACGAUCACUAGCCGAUCCGUUCUAGUCAAAACAGGUUUGUGAACGUCCGUGCCGACAUUGGACACGCCCCAGGUUUGGAGGCAUUCAAUAUUCACUCGAUGUUAUCAGACGAGAAAACAAACGCAACAGAGUAGCGUAAAACCGAUGGAACAGCGUACCGAAGCAGCAGAGCAGUUCAUAAUUUGGAAGGACGAUGUCGAAACUAUGCGAAACUCGUAAGACUUUUAGAAACAACUUAGGAACUGUAGCCGCAGCAUACCCGGACGCCUCCGAAGCGUCUGGUUGUAGUAGAGCGUUUGUGUUUUUAAUUCAACGGCAACAACUGCUACUACGGAAGGCGACAAACACCGUACCCAGAUUAGGAAGUAAUGCGGUCCACCAACGCCAGACCGAGUCUGGUAGUCGGUGUAAACGCAACACGAUGUAUAGUAGUACUGCGCUGGUGUGAACGAAUGUGCAUUAUACGUAGACACCAGAAUA